AUGCAAGAAGUUAUGGAAAAGUUAGGUUUUAAUCAUAGAAUUGUGAUUGACGCCAAAAGAAAAGCUGGCGGUCUAGCCAUGUUGUGGAAGUUUGAUAGCACUGUAAGAAUCUUAGAAUACAACAAAAACCUCAUUGCCAUCAAAAUAUCUGACCCUGAUCCUCGUUGUUUUUCCAUCAUCGAAAAUGCUUGGAAUGAAGAUGUCUAUGGGUCUAAUUUCACUAGGUUGUGUAAAAAACAAGAGGCAACCCGCCAAGCCCUGCAUACAUGGAAUAAAGAAGUGUUCGGUCUUUGUCAAGUGAGAAUUAAUACCCUCAUCCGAAAAAUCUCUGAUGUUCAGAAUGCCAACCCCUCAAACUUCAAUGGUAGAACCGAAGCAUCUCUUCAAGUUGAACUGAGGGAAUGGCUCAUGAGAAGCGAAGUGCUAUGGCGUCAGAAAUUUAGAGAGCUGUGGCUGAAGAAAGGAGACAAGAGCACUAAGUUCUUCCAUUUGUCUACCAUCAUUAGACGACGGCAGAACAAUAUCGAUGCUAUCAGGUCGGAGGAAGGUGAUUGGAUAACUGAUAAGGGCCUAAUCAGACAACACUUCCUAGAUUAUUUCAGGCAUCACUUCAUAAAAGAGGAAGUCAACUUCCCAGAUCAUUUGGAAGACCUUCUCUCAGCUUUCAUCUUAGAGGAAGAUAAUUUAGCACUAUGCAACAUUCCCACACCUGAGGAAAUUAAAUCCACCUUGUUCCACAUGCCUGACCUGAAGACACCUGGACCCGACGGCUUUCCUGUUACUUUCUACAAAAGCUUUUGGCCUAUCGUGGGAGAUGACGUCAUUAAAGUAGUCACAUCCUUCUUUACUGGUGGUUCUAUGCCCAAGGAAAUAAACUCCUCUCUUAUCGUCCUCAUCCCAAAGGUCAUAGUUCAGGAGCUAAUCCACAGUUUCAAGGUCAGAAAAAUUAAAGCAGGGCAGAUGGCCAUAAAGAUUGAUCUCCAAAAGGUUUAUGAUCGGAUGAAAAAAUUGAAGAAGGAUGCUAUCUACUUGGGCUCCCCCCUAUUCUUGUCUAGAGCCCGAACAAAGGACUUCAAAUAUAUCAUUGAUAAGGUUGAAUCUAGACUCACGGGUUGGAGGAGCAAGUGCCUCUCAUGGGCAGGGAGAACAACCCUUCUAAACUUAGUGGUUCAAUCCAUCCCUAUCUAUGCCAUGUCCUCGUUUAGCAUUCCUGAUAGCGUCUGUAACAAGUUAGAUUCUCUAUCUCGAAGGUUUUGGUGGAAGCUGAAGAAUUCUGAUGGGAGAUUCCUUGCACUCACUGCUUGGGACAACCUAUGUAAGCCUAAAACCAAAGGAGGUCUGGGGUUUAAGAAAGCAAAACAGAUAAACAAUGCUUUGCUAUCCAAACUUGCUUGGAUGAUCGCAUCCAAAAGAGAUAGUCUCUGCAUGUCUAUUCUGAGAGCUAAAUACAAAGUCAGAGAUGAUUGGCUGAGAAGAGAACCCCUUAGAAGUGCUUCUCCAGUUUGGAAAGCCAUUGAAGGAGUCAAGGAAAUCAUUGUCAAAGGUGCAUGCUAUCUAAUAGGAGAUGGAGCCUCCAUUAAUGUCUAG